GUCAGCAUCAAUUCCAUCAUUAACCGAGUCGCCACGAUGGCAGAAUCGGCUGGUGUAUUCUGUCCGCUGCCCAGUGAACAAGACAAUGUAGAGCUGGCCCAAGGAAAUCCUGUUCUUGACUCGUCAACUUUCAUUCCACCGCUUCCACUGGCGUCGCCCAGCAUUAUCAUAGAAUUCUGCGACCGAUGUCGAUGGCUCCAUCGAGCGACCUGGGUUUCCACAGAACUAUUCCUUACAUUCCCACCUCCAGCCUUGAAGGCAAUAUCAAUCAUUCCUCUGAAUUCUGAGGAAACUGGAGGUCGAUUUAGGGUCUGGCUCAACCUCGAAGGCAGUCCCCCCCAAUUGAUGUGGGACAGGAAGAUCGAGGGUGGUUUCCCGGAACUGAAAGGUUUGAAGCAGCGUAUUCGCGACCACGUACAACCUGGAAAAUCUUUAGGUCAUUCUGAUAAAAAGAGCGAAUGACGUGUUAAAGGGUUCUGGUCAAACUUUGUUUGGAAAUCAUUCGAAGUAGACGGUGAAUAAAGAAACGUUGCAUACUACGUCACGAUAGGUUCGAAGAGUGUAUGAUAUAGUGAGAAUCGGUUUGUUGCAUAUACUUAA